AGAGAGAGAGAGAGAGAGAGAGCGAGCUUCCAGCAUAAGGGCCGAACACUGAGGUGUCAGCGCACCCGGACACAGGACAGCCAUGGCCCUGCUCGAUCUAGCUUUGCAGGGGUUCUCCAUCUUCGGAUUUCUGUUGUUUAUCGUCCUCUGGCUCAUGCACCUCGUGUCAAUCAUCUACGUCCGUCUUCAUCUCAACAAGAAGACCCCAGACAAGGUGCCGUACAGCAAACUGGCUGGUGUCUCGCUGCUGAAGCCCCUCAAGGGGGUGGACCCCAAUCUAAUUAACAAUCUUGAGACCUUUUUUGAGCUGGACUAUCCCAAGUAUGAGAUUCUGCUCUGUGUCCAAGACCAUGACGAUCCAGCCAUCGAUGUUUGUAAAAAGCUUCUGGGCAAAUAUCCGAAUGUUGAUGCCAGGCUAUUUAUAGGGGGAAAGAAAGUUGGCAUCAAUCCGAAAAUAAAUAACCUCAUGCCAGCUUAUGAAGGGGCAAGGUACGAACUCGUCUGGAUCUGUGACAGUGGCAUUCGAGUGAAGCCCGACACUCUCACUGAUAUGGCUAAUCAGAUGACGGAGAAGGUGGGACUGGUUCACGGCCUUCCUUACGUGGCAGACAGACAAGGAUUUGCCGCCACAUUGGAGCAGGUUUAUUUUGGAACGUCACAUCCUCGUUCCUACAUCUCAGCCAAUGUGACGGGGAUCAAGUGCGUCACGGGGAUGUCGUGUCUCAUGAGGAAGGACGUCCUGGACCAGGCCGGCGGGCUGAUUGCGUUCGCUCAGUACAUCGCUGAAGAUUACUUCAUGGCCAAGGCCAUCGCAGACAGAGGAUGGAAGUUUUCCAUGGCAACGCAGGUAGCCAUGCAGAAUUCUGGCUCAUACUCCAUCGCACAAUUCCAGUCUCGCAUGAUCAGAUGGGCCAAGCUCAGGAUCAACAUGCUGCCGGCCACCAUCAUUGAGCCCAUCUCAGAGUGCUUCGUGGCGAGCCUUAUCAUCGGCUGGGCCGCGCACCACGUGUUCCGCUGGGACAUCAUGGUGUUUUUCCUGUGCCAUUGUCUGGCCUGGUUCAUUUCUGAUUACAUCCAGCUCAGAGGAGUACAGGGCGGCCCUCCAUCCUUCUCUAAGCUGGACUAUGCGGUGGCCUGGUUCAUCAGGGAGUCCAUGACCAUUCAGAUUUUCUUGUCUGCUCUUUGGGACCCCACCAUCAGCUGGAGGGCGGGACGCUACCGAUUGCGUUGCGGAGGUACAGCAGAGGAAAUCUUGGAUGUUUAAACGGCACCGUGUGCCAAGGACUAUGCACUGGUGUAAACAAGGAAACAGAACUGCGAGAGGACGUGGGCGCAGAUGGACAAAUGAACUGAAACUCGUUUUGUUUUUUGUUCUGGGUUUUAUUCCAACUUCUGAUAGUUUUUAUCCUGUGACUUUAGCAAGCUUGAAUAGAUUAUUUAUGUCCUUGGUGCUUUUUUGUUUUCCCUGUGAGGUCCCUUGACAGUUUGAGACCUCGUUCUAGAUGAGCCAAAAGUUAUGAAGGGGUGAAGAAGAGAAAACUUACGAGGAAACGAUGUCUGGUGGCACUUCAGGAGACAUCAGAACCCUGAUGAAAUCACAUCUACAUUCAACUUUUUUUUUUAAGGUCCUUGCAACCUGUUUAGUGGUGGUUGAACAACUCUGUGUAUUGCGACAUAGCCGUUUUAUCAUGUGUUUGGAUGAACGGUACGGUUUUUAAACAUUAUAUCAGCACGAAAGUGGGGUAGAGAAUGACUGAAGCCUUUUAAAAUGGCACUAGCGCAUGAAUGGAUCACUUGCUUAUCACAGUGUUGCUCCCAACAUACAGCACUCUUGCCAUAUUUUAUACAUUUUUGGACUUUUGAAUGCUCAAAACGGAUCCACUCAGGUCCGUUUUAUGUUUACUGGACAGAGCAAUAUCUUCUGUAGAGGUUAUACAUAGGAAAUUGUGGCAGAGGUUCGUGUACUGUCGAACUAUCCUGAAACAACGCAACGCUUUGCAGCCACCCUGCAGUAUUCAAACAAGAGGUAUAAAGGCCUAGUUUGAGCCCGAGUUAUCUUCAACAUGAUAUCUGCCGAUUUAAUUGCAUAUCUUAUGAAAUUUCGUGCCAUUUGAAGAGCAAACGUUUUAAACGUUCUAAUUUUUGGUUUCUUAAAAGCCGACACCACGGUUUUUCUUCAAGGACUUUAUCUUCCCGUGCUUCUUUCUCUGCACUAUUAGCUCUCGUACCAGAAUCAGGGUUUGCUGAAACGUUUCCUCCCGUGCCGCUGUUUGUUUGAGAAGCUCUGUCAGUAUUUUCCUGCAAAUGUUUGACUGGAUAUAAAUGCUCAGAUUUACCUCUAAACUGUCCGAACAUUUCAUCCAA